CUUAGUUUUAAAACCAUUUAAAUUACCGUUGAUUUACGAUGUGAGAUUUUUUAGUCAUAAAAUCGCAUUGCAUUUAUGGAAAGAAAAAUGUGCAGUUUACAUGACGACCUUAUACUAUUCUAAAAAAUAAUAAUUCUGAGAUCAACGAAACAUAAUUUCUCUACAUUAUUACGUUAAUUGUGUUCAUGUAAUUUAGAAAGCUGCAUUCAGACAUGAAGAGAGUUCAGCUAAAAGACACAGCGAUUCCCGCACAGCCCAGUGUGGCAUCCAGAGCAGCACAUGUCAAGAACAACACUGACAAUAAGAAGAACCAGCACAGGUCUCUGAAAGUGCCAACCACAAGAUAUGGGCAACAAAAUGACAUAAGGGAGCAGAAUAGAGUCCUGACUGCAACAAAUGAAGACCUGCAGAGACAACUUGAAGAAAUGAAGGGAACUGUGACUGAACUGGAGCAGCGGUGCACAGACCUCCACGGAGAAAAUCGGGAAAUUCAAAAACAGCUGCGAGACUGUCAUGUCCUCCUUGUUGCAGAAAAUCUUGACCCAGUUUCAGGGGAAAAGUUGGGCCAGACAGCACAACAGAAGGAAGAACAAAGAAAAGAAGUUAUGACGGUUUCUCAAAAUCUCCUGACUGAGCUGAAACUGUUUGGUGAGACGGCACAAGAGCAUGCAGGAAAUUUACUGGAAGUGCAGAACAUCAUGAGGGACCUGGAAAAGCUCCAGCAGGAGAGAGCAUUUUUCACACUGGAUGUGGAGGAAAUGGAGAGAGCUUUGGUAGAGGCAGAGAGACUCUUGAUGGAGUGAAUGAAAGAAGCUCUUUCACUGGCCAUAAAUACUGCAGUGCCCCACAUGGCGUUGUUCUGAGAUCUGUCAGUCUGAGAACAAAACAUUGGACGAAAGUGUAACAUACAUUUUUAAGAAUACUAUUUUUAAUAAAUAUGAAGUGCUUGACGAUCUGAAUGCUUUCAAGUUGAGAUAUUAAUAUAAACAAUUUUCAUGUACCUGUUAAAUUUCAAAGCACUUCUUGAAUGAUGCUAACCGUUUUAUUUUUUAAUUGUCUGUGCAAACAUGACCUUAAACAUGAUUAAAUGCUAAAC